AUGAUUUCCAGCAAAAUCCAACCGGGGGCGUGCAGACUAUGGUUUACUCGUGUGACAUCCAGACAAGAGCGGAGUAUGUCCACCUUAGUGCCGCCGCAGCCCGUCCCCCCAUUGAAUCAGACCCUGCAAGCCUACUUGAGCAGCCUGGAGCCCCUGAUACCCACCGAUGAGCUUUCACACACCCGCAAAGUGAUACGUGAGUUUGCUAUGCGUGGAGGUCUCGGCGCAGAGCUCCAAAGGGGUCUAGAGAAGAGGGCAAGAAAGACCGACAACUGGAUGACAGACUGGUGGGUGCAGUGGGCCUAUUUGGAGAGUCGCCUACCACUUCCUGUACACUCCAACCCGGCCAUUUCUCUCCCCAGACGAGACUACAACGGCUGGAGGAGCCAACUGUUGUUUGCAUCCAAACUGAUCGCAGCGGUACUUGAAUUUAAGGCCAAACUUGACGUUGGACAGUUGCCAGUGGAAUACAUGCGUGGCAGGCCUUUAUGUAUGGAGCUCUAUCCACUGCUCUUCUCUUCAUGUCGCAUCCCGGGGCCUAAACACGACCACGUCGUGCACCACAGAACCUCUCGACGGUCACCGAGCCACAUCACUGUGGUCAGGAACUAUCAGUUUUUCCAGCUGGAUGUGUACAACAGCGACGGCUCCCGCCUGACGGAAAGCCAGAUUCACGCGCAGCUGCUGAGGAUCAGGUCUCAGUCCUGGAAGACGGACAAGGAGCCAAUGGGCAUCCUGACAAGUGAACAUCGACACAUAUGGGGCCAGGCCUACAACCGCCUGCUGAAUGACAAACUGAACCGUGAAUCAGUCCGGUCGAUCGAGAAGGGUCUUUUCUCGCUCUGUCUGGAUUCUCCAGUUAUGAGGAUAUCAGAUGAGAAAUAUGCUAGCCGCAAAGCAGCCCAGGUUCUUCACGGUGGCGGGACCUUCUCCAACAGUGGCAACCGCUGGUUUGACAAAACUCUUCAGUUCGUGAUUGGCGAGGACGGAUCCUGGGGUCUCCUGUAUGAACAAGCCACGGCUGAAGGGCCACCCAUAGCGACACUGCUGGAUUUUAUCCUGCACUACUGUGAAACUCCAGACACUAGGAGAACACCACUGGUCCCACUCCCAAUGCCCAAGAAGCUAUACUUCCAUAUAGACAGAGAAAUCAAGAGAGACAUAGAAAAUGCCAAGCAGAACCUUGAUAUACUAAUCAAUGACUUGGAUGUGAAUGUCUUCAACUUUAAAAAGUUUGGCAAAGACCUUCCCAAAAAACACAAAAUGAGUCCCAACUCCUUUAUCCAGGUGGCUCUGCAGCUGGCCUACUACAGAGUUCACGGAGAAGUGUGCGCUUCCUGCGACAUCGCCUCUCAGCGGAUGUUUCGUAAAGGAAGGACCGAGUACAUCCGCUCGCCUUCAACCCAGACGCUUAAAUUCAUCCUUGCCUUUAUCGACCCAUCGGUGUCGCGUGAAGCCAAGCUCCAAUUAUUGACUGAAGCGAUUGAUGCCUACUCUGCUCUGACUGAUAAGGUAGUUAAAGGACACGGCAUCGACAGACACCUGCUGGCGCUUAAGUUGCAGGCCAUUGAAGAGGGACUGAGUGUUCCCAAAAUCUUCAUGGAUACUGCCUUUGGCCUAGCGACUCAUUGGAAACUCCGAACCGGACAGGUGCCUGCAAACACAGAUAGCGUGAUGUGCUUUGGGCCCCUGGUCCCUGACGGUUACGCCAUAUGCUACAACCCUCAGUCUGACCACGUCCACUUUUCCAUAACUGCCUUCAACUGUUGCGAGGAGACCAAUGCAGAAACUCUGGGUGUCGCCGUCAGAGAAACCCUCAGCCAACUCUACGAGCUACUGGAGCCUACUGUGUAG